GAGGUGAAAGGACAUGGCUUAGUUGUAGGUUUACUUUUACAAGUUUGUUCAAUGUUUUUCUUUACAAAGAAAAUUUCUGUGUGAAUCGAUAUCGCGUUCGGUGAACAGUGCUCGUAGUUUUCGUUUCGGACUGCUAUAUUGUGUCGGGCGAUACAGAAAAAAGUUGGAUUUGCGCAAUCGUGAGGGACUCGAAGUCAAUAAACUCGUCGGUGAUAUUUUAUGGGAAAGGUGUGCCGCGGCUGAUACCUGUUCGUGACAGGAGAGCGCACGAGGCCGGGAUGUGGUGCGGUGGGAGCAUGGUGCGGCGGCGUUAACGAUAAACAUGGUUGCAACAAGUGGCCUUGCUUUUAGACCACCUUUAAACUACCUAGACUUCCCGCGAGGACCAAGAACAUGUGAACAUCUCCAUGUAGCCAGACUAUCUUUGGAUGCCUUCAAAAUGACCGAUUCAAGAUGAUAAGUUUUGUAAUAUUUUUAGAAUAAUGCAAUUGAAUAGUUUUUGAAGAUUUUUCGUCGACUAUUUUUGAGAAUUUUUUGCGGACGAUAUAAUUGAAUGGUGCUAUAGUGUAGUGUUGUGAAGUUAUCGAUGAAUACGAUGGGUGACGCUGAGCCUGUGAAGGUGGAAGGAGGACAUAUCUCUGUGACCACCAUCAGCAUGUCGGGCCCGGACAAUAGCAAUGGUCAAUUCUCGUAUAGCUCCAGCGGAGUCCGCAUCAACGUGUCGUCGGACAUCCACGACGAGGACUCCACUGAUGCCGAAAUAUCAAAAAUUGACUUUAAUCAACAUCAAUAUGAGGUCAAUAUGCGGAACAAGAAGAAACGGUCGAGUGGACAGUUUGAGCCCCCAAAUCCCUCACAGGAGCGACCAAUGUCGUGGGAAGGAGAACUCUCCGACUCCGAAAUGGUCAUAGACACCAGUGGGAAUAAUGACGAGAACAGCAAUUCCCUUGAGCUGCAGUCAUCUCGGGACUCCAUAGAUACUCUCCGCAAUGUCACCAUCAAGUCCGAGCCUCGGCACGAACAGGACGACCGCGUGCUGGACCUCAAGUAUAACGCGCUGCAGCCGCAUCAGAGAAGUCUUAGUAUGAACAGGAUAUCAGACAGCAGUCUAUCUCUGUCGCGGCGGCCGUCUUCCCCCGUAGGCAAGCCUAGCUCGGAGUUCGAGCCGCCACCGAACCCGCUAGCUGAAGUACAGAACCUCACCAUCAAAAAGGAGCAGCUUUCAGAAUUGAAAUGCGAGCCGCUAAGCAUGGAGAAGAUCCUGAGUGUUGGCUCACCGCUGCUGGGGCGGCUGCCGCGCGUGCAGUCCAGCGCCAGCACCGACUCCGCUGUACACUCCAUGUAUACUCACAGUGUAUACAGCAGUCCUUCAGCGUCGCCUCGUCCGCAGCGGCUGUACACGCCGUCGCUGUCGCGCAACAACAGCGAUGCAUCACACUCCUCCUGCUACUCAUACAGCUCCGAGUUCUCGCCCACGCACUCACCCGUGCAGAGCCGGCAUCCGCACCUGGUGUAUCGCGAGGCUGGUGGCGUCGAGGAGGACGAUGGUGGGGAGCAGCUACAUCACCACCAGGGGAUCAGUAGGCAGCAGCUUAUCAACAGUCCAUGUCCCAUCUGCGGCGACAAGAUCUCCGGGUUCCACUACGGGAUAUUCUCGUGCGAGUCCUGUAAAGGGUUCUUCAAGCGCACGGUCCAGAACCGCAAGAACUACAUGUGUCUACGCGGCGGGAACUGUCCCGUCACUGUCGCGACGAGGAAGAAGUGUCCCGCGUGUCGAUUCGACAAGUGCCUAUGCUGUGGGAUGAAACUUGAAGCGAUCCGCGAGGACCGCACGCGCGGCGGGCGCAGCACGUACCAGUGCUCGUACUCGCUGUCCGGCGCCGCGUCCACCGGCUCGCUGCUGGCCGCGCCCGCACCGCCCGCGCCGCUUCGACACGCCUCCAGCCUCACUUGUGUGAACGGCCCAGCGUCGUACAGCAGUCGAGGCGAGGGCAGCAGCAGUCGCCACACGCCAGACAUACCGCCGUUAUUGCAAGAGAUAAUGGACGUGGAGCACCUGUGGCAGUACAACGAGUCGGAGCUCCCGCACCGGGGCUCGGGCUCGAAUCCCCUACUCGCGGCGUCCGGCAUCACAGCCACCGCCGCCAGCGCUGACUUCCUGGCUGAUCUAUGUCAUGUCGCUGAUCAUAGACUGUACAAGAUCGUAAAGUGGUGCAAGAGUCUGCCGUUAUUUAAGAAUAUCUCGAUCGACGACCAGAUCUGCCUGCUGAUCAACAGCUGGUGCGAGCUGCUGGUUCUGUCGUGCUGCUACCGCGGCGUCGCCUGCCCCGGCGAGGUGCGAGUUGGAGGUCCCAACGGCAUCACGCUGCAGCAGAGCGCCAAGUACGGUUUGACGCCGUGCAUCGAGCGCAUGCUGAGCUUCACGGAUCACCUGCGGCGGCUGCGCGUCGACCGGUACGAGUACGUCGCGCUCAAGGUCAUCGUGCUGCUCACCUCAGACGCUGCAGAGCUGCGCGAGGCAGAGAAGGUGCGCGUGUCGCAGGAGCGGGCUCUGGCGGCGCUGGCGGCGUACACGUCGGCGCACUCGCCCGACCAGCCCGCCAAGUUCGGCGAGCUGCUGCUGCGCAUCCCGGACCUGCAGCGGACCUGCCAGUUCUUUAUGCAAGUCGGCAAGGAGAUGCUGAACCCGGCGAACAAGAAAGACGGCGACGGCCCCAGCUUCAACCUGCUCAUGGAGCUGCUGAGGGGCGACCACUGAUAUUGCUCAAGUGUCAAUAGGCUAGUACACAGUAUAAAUAUUAUAAUACAGUAGAUUAACUAAGCCGCGCGCGCGUCCUUAAAAUCGCACAAAUUCUGCGUGACCAUUAAAGCUAUAUGAAUGGUUAGUCAAAAUGCAUUCGCUAGUUUGGAUAGCAAAGUUAGAUGUCAAAAAUGUAUGGAAUUUGAUAUUACGCAUUGCUAACUCUCAUAUCGCUUGCGAUGCGUUAUGUCAAUUCCUAUAAUUUUUUGACAUCUAACUUCGGUAUCGAAGCCAAAUGCAUUUUCACGGGACACUCUGAAUUUAUUUGUGUGCGAUGCGACGGCCUGUUCUAAAGUUGGUGUACUGUAUAUUAUUUAUAUUGUGUUAGACGUUCGUCAAGUGAUAUAACGAUAUUGCCUUAAGCCCUUUUGGCCUUCAACUAAGACUGCUUUUACUUACUCAUUUACAAUGUACAGCAAAUUCUGUGGCGAUUAUCUGAAACAACGAAUUAUUUUUUACUCUUAAUCAUCAGGAUUUCGUAAGCUACCCUCCUUUUUAAUUUUA